AUGAGGACCCUCCUGGCCGCGGCCUUGGCAGUGGUCUCCGCCUGGGCGGUGGCCGGCGGGUCAGAGUUCAUCGUCGUCACUUCUGACUCCACCUCGCCGCUGGUGGAUGCCCCCCAGACGGGCUUCUCCCCACGCGCCCGCACCGACCACGCAGAGCAGCAGGCGGUGUACGAGAUCAUGGCCGCCACCGGGAACGCCUGGGCCUCCGCUAUCCCCGACGUGUGCCGCGGCCGCUGGCAUGGCAUCGAGUGCAUGCCCGACCGCGACGAAGUCUACCACGUCGUCUCCCUCUCCUUCGGCGCCCUUUCUGCCGACACCGCCUUCCCCGUCUGCGACCGCCGCUCCUCCUCCCUCUCCCCCGCCCUCGCCAGGCUUCCCCACCUCCGCAGCCUCUUCUUCUAUCAGUGCUCUUCCCCCGCCAACCCCACCCCCAUCCCGCCCUUCCUCGGCCGCCUCGGCGCCACCCUCCGCACCCUCGUCCUCCGCGAGAACGGCCACGUCGGGCCGAUCCCCCCCGAGCUCGCCAACCUCACCUCCUUGAGAGUCCUCGACCUCCACGGCAACGCCCUCCGCUCCUCCGUCCCGCCCUCCCUUGCGGACGCCCUCCCCCGCCUCGGGCUGCUCGACCUGAGCGGGAACAAACUCACGGGUCCCCUCCCCCGCUUCAGCUCCCCCUCCCUGAAAGUCCUCGACCUCAGCGGCAACUCCUUGCGGGGCCCCAUCCCCCCCUCGCUCGGCGCCUGCCGCGCCCUUUUCAAGCUUGACCUCAGCGGGAACCGCCUCGCCGGUGCAAUCCCGAGCUCCCUCGCCGGGCUGGGAGAGCUUAUACUGCUCGACCUCAGCCACAAUCUCCUCUCCGGGCCUCUGCCCGCCUCCCUCUCUAAGUUGACCUCUCUGAGGACUCUCGUCCUCUCCGGCAACGACAUGGGCCCGGGGGCCCUCCCCGGCGGCGCUUUCCAAGGCCUGGCGGGGCUGACCGCACUAAUCCUCUCGGACAUGGGCCUGCGGGGCGCCAUCCCGGCGUCCAUCGGGCUGCUCCGCGGCCUCCGGGUGCUCCACCUCGACGGCAACGGCUUCAACGGGUCCGUCCCGGAGACCUUCAAGCAUCUGGUGAACCUCAGCGAGCUGAGAGUCAAUGAUAACCAGUUGACCGGGCCCCUUCCGUUCCCCAGGCGAGUUUUGUGGAGGAUGGGGACGAAGCUCAGGGCCGCCAACAACAAGGGCCUCUGCUACCCCGCCGGGAACGGGGCGGAGCCGGCUGCCGAGGCCUCCUACCUCCCCGGAGUCCCUCCUUGCGCCAUCACGACGGCGGCGCUGCCGACGGCCGCUCCGGCGCCGGCGGCGGCAUCCAUGGCGGCCGACCCAGCUUCAGGGCCCCCCCGAGGAGGCCAUCUGUGA